AUGGAGCCUCCUUCGCAGGUGUCAUUCCCAGAGAAGAUACAGGAAAUGCAUAAACAAGAGACAGAUGCCACAGUCUACAUGAAUUUCAUGAAGAGUCACCGCUGCUAUGACACUAUUCCAAUCAGCUGUAAACUGGUCAUAUUUGAUACCACACUACAAUUGAAAAAGGCCUUUUUUGCACUGGUGGCAAAUGGCUUGAGGGCUGCACCUCUAUGGGACAGCAAGCUGCAGAGAUUUGUAGGUAUGCUGACUAUUACAGAUUUCAUUAAUAUCCUCCAUCGCUAUUACAAGUCUCCGAUGGUUCAGAUGUACGAGCUGGAGAAUCACAAGAUUGAGACCUGGAGAGAUGUCUACUUACAGUAUUACAGCCCCUUCCUAAUUAGUAUUUCUCCAGAGGCCAGCCUUUUUGAUGCCAUCUAUUCCUUACUCAAAUAUAAGAUCCACAGACUGCCCAUCAUCGAUCCGGAGUCUGGAAAUAUCUUGCACAUUCUGACCCAUAAAAGAAUCCUCAAGUUUCUCCAUAUAUUUGGAAAAAGAGUUCCCAAGCCUGCAUUCAUUUUGAGGCAGAUCCAGGAGCUUGGGAUUGGAACCUUCAGGAACAUUGCCACUGUUCAGCAAACUGCAUCAGUCUAUGAUGCCCUCUCCAUAUUUGUGGAAAGGCGGGUGUCUGCACUGCCGGUGGUGGAUGAACAAGGAAAAGUGGUGGCGUUGUAUUCAAGAUUUGAUGUGAUUAAUCUAGCAGCCCAGAAGACUUACAAUAAUCUGGACAUGACAAUGCAGGAGGCAGUUCGCAGGCGCAUGUGUUUUGUUGAGGGAGUAAUCAAGUGCCAUCCUGAUGAAACCCUGGAAACUAUCAUAGAGCGUAUAGUCAAAGCUGAGGUCCAUCGGCUGGUCCUGGUGGACAGGCUUGAUGUGGUGAAGGGCAUCAUCUCUCUGUCUGACCUGCUGCAGGCCAUGGUCUUAACCCCUGCAGGUAUUGAUGCCCUUUUGUCGUAG